AAUCUACAUACAACUUAAUACACCCACAAUAUCCCCGGUGGCCAUGCGUCCCGCUCUGAACCUCUACAGCAUCACCUGCCCCCGAGUCAUCCGACACAGUGCCUUCAAACGCGUCAACGCCCAGCUCCAUUCUCUCCGCCUCCUCCCCGUCUCGCGCUGCUUCUCCACCUCCACUGCGCCUCCUCCGUCUCGCACGCUGGCCACCAUGUCCGACCGUCCGCACCAAUUCAUGAACACCUCCGGCGAGACAGACCCCGUGUGGGUGCGCCACAUGCCCUACGCCCACUACCCCCACUUCCCCACCCUUGAGGAAAAUGUCGAGACGGAGGUCUGCAUCGUCGGCGCCGGCAUCGCCGGCAUCUCCAUCGCCUACGAGCUGGUCACCCGCGGCCAACGCGUCACCAUGCUCGAGGCCCGCAACGUGCUCUCCGGCGAAACGGGUCGCACGAGCGGCCACCUCGCCAACGCCCUCGACGACGGCUACACGGAGAUCGCCAAAAAGCACGGCCGGAAGGGGGCGCAGGCCGCCGCCGACAGCCACACCUGGGCGAUCCACCGCGUCGGCGAGAUCGCCCGCCACCUGCACCUCGACUGCGAGUACCGCACCCUCCCCGCCUACGAGAUCUCGCAGUACCCGCGCGACGGCGAGACUGCCCACUCCCACGCCGCUGAGGUCCGUGAGCUGCAGCAGGAGGUCGAGUUCGCCCAGGGACUCGGGCUGGCGGCCCAGUUCCACGCGGGGCGGGCGGUGCGCGGCUGGGAGGGCGCGGUGGACCAGCGCGACGCCGCCGUCUUCCAGGGGCAGGCGACCUUCCACCCGACCAAGUACCUGGUGGGCGUGCUGGAGUGGCUGCGCCAGCAGCCCAAUUUCCAGUGCUACACGGGCACGCGCAUGAUGUCCAGCGAGGAGGAGCAGGACGGGGUGCGCGUGCAGACGGCCGGCGGCCACACCGUCACCGCGGCGGCGCUCGUGCAGGCGACCUGCGUGCCGCUGCAGAAGCUCAGUGUGAUCGCCGAGAUGGAGUACAUGCGCACCUACUGCAUUGCCAUCCGCAUCCCCAAGGGGUCCGUCGAGGACUGUUUGCUGUACGACGCGGCCGAGGCGUACAAGUACGUGCGCUUCACCGCCUGCGAUGAGACGGACGAUUACCUGGUGAUUGGGGGCUGUGAUCACAAGGUCGGGCAGGAGCGCACCGCGGGGCGAUUCGACGAGCUCGAGGGCUGGGUGCGCGAGCGCUUCCCGCAAGCCGGCGCCGUCGACUACCGCUGGAGCGGCCAGAUCUUCGAGCCCGUCGACUACAUGGCGUUUAUCGGGAAGAACCAGGGGCUGAACCAUACGUAUAUCGUCACCGGGGAUAGUGGGAAUGGGCUGACGCACGGCGUGCUGGCGGGGAAGCUGAUCGCCGAUGAGAUCACCGGGGUCGAGAACCCCUGGGCGGAUCUGUACAACCCCAACCGGAUGAAGAGUAUCGCCAAGUCGAUGCCGAGUAUGCUCAAGCAUGAUCUCCAGAUCAACGCCCAGUACAAGCGCUGGAUGCAGUCGGACAUCACCGACAUCGAGGACCUCGCCCCGUGUUCGGGCGGGGUGAUGAAGGAGAACCCAGCCACCCCCGUCGCCGUCUACAAGGACGAGCACGGCAAGGCCCACAAGUUCAGCGCCAUCUGCCCGCACAUGAAGGCGGUGCUGAGCUGGAACGAGACGGAGAAGAGCUGGGACUGUCCGGUGCACGGCAGUCGCUUCAGCUGCGAUGGCGUGUGCAUUGAGGGCCCGGCCAAGGCCAACCUGACCCCGAUGGAUGAGUUUGCCAAGCAGGCGCAGCGAGCUCAAGAGACCAUGUAGAUCAAUAGAGCAGUGUAUGGUAAUUAGUGAUCAGGGAUUCUUGUGUGGUUCAUGAUGGAUUUUCAAUAUAACAAUAUAAUAGAG